AUGCUGAGCAACAGGUGAGGGGAGGUACAUUUGCACAGGGUAGAAAUUAAAUGUUGUUUGUUGGCUCAAACCAAAAAAAUAUUUUUAUUAAGUUUACUUUCGUUUCUGAAAAAGUGCAAAUUUGAAAUCAGAAAGAAAAGGGGUUUUCUACAUGCAAGGCCGAACGUGCUUUAUCUAUAACCUGAUUUUUAUUACUGUGUAGCUCACAUGGUCAGUUAAACUGGAGAGGAAAAACCUGCCUCUACCUGUCUGAGAUAAAGUCAUAAAUCACCUGGGAGAUAUCACCUGUGACCGUUGAGUUAUGACUUUCGGUUCAAUUGAAGUCACCCUCCACAACCUUUAAACAAACUUUGAAAAAAAAAAAAGUCUGAAAAUUCACAACAGGACAUGUUAAAGUCAUUUAUCAGGUCUGAAACUACCGUUGAAAAUAUCAGAAAUUUUCCCUCCAGAUGGUCAGUGGGGGGCUUUUUUGUUGUUUAUUGACUAUUUUUUAUCAAAAAUAAAUUUUCAGUCAAGAAAGAACUGAGAUCUGAGGUUCACAUACAUACUUAAAUGCACAUAUAUUUAUUUAUUAUUGACCAUUUCCUCUUCUUUUCUUUUUUUGGAUGAACUUUCUGUUGGGCAUUUCUGUUUGAUUUAUUCUAAAAAAGUAGACAGUUAAAAAAAAAAUGGUUAAUGCUAUCAGUUUGUGGGCACAAACAAACUCUGGUCACCCCUUUUGCAUUUGGGCCACCCUUGCCAAAAGACCUGACACACUCCUGGGCCUGAACAUUCAGACAUGAAACAUUUAGGUGUAUCAGUAAAGUGUAUGAAGCUCAUUUUGUGUCACUUUAGUGAUCGGUUUCUGGAUCUGGGGGCUAAAUGCAACAAUUCUUAUACUAAUCAGUGUCUUGAUUUCAUUAUAUGUAAUAUGUCCAAAAAAAUAAAAAUAUCUUGUGGUUAGUGUAAAUUUCUCUGAAACAAAGUCUUUUAGUGGGAGCAUCACACGCAGACGGGCACUUAAAACAGGGGAGAAAAAAGAAACUAGAGAGAGGACCCCUGUGCUCUAAUCUCAAAUCUUUUCAAAGGAUACUUACAAUAAACUUGUUGAAGCCAGUGGAGUUGCGACGGGAAGUUUCCGAAGCUGUGACGUUCAGAGGAAGCUUUCAUCACCGCAAAUGUGAGGUGCGUAAAAGCAGGUGUCCACAUCCAGUGACUUCUCUCCUCUUGAGUCAGCGCCACCGCCAACUCUGCACGGAUCAACAUCUCUGCUCAGAGUUUCUCCGGGGAUAAAAUUCGUCUAUUUGCAGGUGAGUCUGCUUUUACGGGAUUAAUAAAGUCUGGAGGCACGAUGGAGGAUGAGGGACACAUCAGGGAUAGAAAAAAACGGAUUUCGAGAUAAAGUCGUGAUAUUACGAAAGCAAAAUCAUAGAGGAAAAAAAAGGAAAAGAAAGAAAAAUGUAAGUUUCGUUAAAUUAUAAGUGAUCAGUAUUGGAAGGCUAAUCUAAAAUGAAGGACGAAGUCGUAUAUUCAGGUUAAGAUCACACUCUUCGUUCAGAACCGUAACUCUUCUCACACUGUGGCGCCGAUGAAGACUGAGAAUACACUUAUUAAUAAAAUACAGAACACUUCCUGCGAAGAAUCAUCAUGCAUUUACUUGUAAUAGUUUUAUUUCCUUUCAAAACGCGUAAACGUGGGAGUAAACUACCUCUACUUACGAAAUAUAUGAUAGUGGAAAUUACCCUGCAAUUGUGAUCUGUAGUCCGUUACUGUGGAAGUUGUAAUAUUUGGUGAAGCAACUUCAGCUUUUUAGGCGUAAAACGCUCCAAGCCCAACGAGAGCACUCAGCGCGCACUUGGAACCGUUUCUGUGAGACAACAUCUCCUUUUCUACAGAAGCACCAGACUUUAACAUUCGGACAGGUGUCUGAGUGAGCUCUUUGACUCUUUUUCGUUCAUGUCGGUGCGUAAUGGCACGCUCCUUCACUAUCGUUUCUGCCUGCUCUCGCUCUCCCUCUUAAACUCUUUCAAAACUAAUUUUAAAAUAAUUCUUUAAACUAUUAUCUGGCAGGAUUGAGUAGCGUGCAAUACGCCAGAAAUUAGAGGAAGGUAGUCUGUAGACAUUAGUUUACUCACACCCCUUAUACCUGCAUUAAAGUGUGUAUGAAAUUCAAGCUUUGGUUAUAAAACCAACAGGACAGCAGAGACUCUCCAGAGGGUGAGGGGCGAACAUUAUUCAACAUUUCCAGACGGUGAUGGAGCUCAUGGGAAGCGGAACCGUUUCUCUGUGCCAUGCGUAAUUGCGCAAAACGAGACUCGCCCUCGUUUCUCUGUGUGAGACCGCUGCAGGUGAUACAACACUGACACAGUAGCAGUGGGUUUUCGCUCAUGGUAGACAUGUUGAAACGACCACUGCGCCCCGUCCUCGCGGCCUAACUGGCCGGUGGUCUGACCAGAGAAGGGGCAAAGGGGGCGAUGUCCCGAGGGGCUUUUCCUUGAGUUGAUAUCAUUCAAGUAAAAAUCUGUCGUUUGAAAAUAACUGAAUAAAUCCUAUUUGAAUGUGGGUUUCAUGCAGGGGGAUAAAUUCGUUUAAAUAAAUUUGUCCCGCUAACAUCUGAGCUUUAGUGAUUACAGAACGGUGAGGAGGAACAGGCAUGUAGGGUGUGUCUUUUCAGCUACUGAAUACACUGUAAAAUAACAGUGGUUGCGUGUGGGAGUAUUUCUGCAUUAGUAACUUUGGAUGACACAUUAAGCCGAGGUUAAGUGCAGCUCCACACCUGUUGCGUACCUUCAGAUUUGAUCUAAAACGGAAAAAGAUUUCACUUUGAAGAUGAGUGUUACAUUUGUAAGUCCAGCUCCAUUUUUCCGACAGCUUUACAUUUUUUUCACAGUAAUUCUCGUCAAAUUUUCCCACCUCGUUGUUUUACUUUCUCCAAACUGGUGGAUCGGCUCCUGCACUGGCUCACAAAAAUCUUUAACUUCUACCCAUGCAUGGAAAAAAUGUCCAAUGCAGCUGUCUCUCUGGGGGGGUCCUGGUCUUGGUUAAGGCUGAAAAUCCCCUUCUUUCUUAAUGUAAGUUUGAAAACCAUUGUUUUUAAAGGUGUUUGGGCGAGGUCUAUGGAGUAAAGACCGCUCCCUGAUGAGCUCAUACCUUCAGGUUUCAUUGGAAAUCUCCUAACUAUAAACAAAUUAAGGCCGUGUUCAUUAGGGCCUUAAUUACCUUCAUGGAAAGACUUAAUUAAAUCAUCUUACAAUGAUAUUCAAUAAGCUUGCAGUGACUUUGUGUUGACAUUACUCAUACACAAUUACCAUCAGCUUUAAUUGUUCUGCUCUGGUUUUCCCUUAUCUCUCCAGACUUCCUGUUCUCCGUGUCACAAAGUAUUAGGCAUUACAAAUGGACAAACGUCUGAAAGAACGACUCCAUAAAUGAGUCAUUAAAAAAAUAUGUACAAUUUAAUGAGCUAUUAAAUACACGGAGACCAGUACACAAAACCGGUCAAACCAGUGCUGCGAAUCAUUCUGCCAAUCCCGUGUGAAAACACACGAAAAGUUUGGUCUGCACGGCAGUUUGGUCUGCACGGCAUUUAACAGGCUCUGUUGGCUGCACAAAUUCACACUGAGAUUAAUGCGUGACUGUCAAAAGAAAGCAGGAUGAUCUUGAUGAACUCUGAUAAUCGAUAAAACUUUCAACACACCAGAAAAACAAAGCAGACUAUACACUAUCUUUAAACAGUCGCGAGUAAAAGUAUGUGAACCCCGAGGCUAAUGACGGAGUCAGCCAGUCUGGAGUCUGAUCAAUAUGAAGAGAUUGGAAGUGUUGGUUAAAGCUGUCCCGCCCUUGAAACACACAACUGUUUUGAAUUCGCUCGACGUGACCCAGGCCUCGCACACCAGAGCUUCUAGAUUCCUCUUGUCCGUGUGCAGAUCUGGGCCCGUAUGCACGUUGAAAGCGUUUAGCGUAAACGCGAUUAGUUAUACGGGCCUUAAACGCGUUUAGUUCCUAUACGAUUUUGGUAUGCACAAUGCUGUAAACGGAACCGUAUAGCUAACCGCGUUUACUGUGUCUUAAACGGGUCGAGUGAUGCUCGAGUGACGGUUCAACUGACUGUCGACUGAUCCACUCCUACCAACUCCCCACACACGUCUUGGAAAGAAGAAGUGGCGUUGUACUGUAAGGUUACGAGGACUUGUUGUAGUGGAGUGAGGGUGAAUCCUCGGUUCGAAAGUUCAAUUUCAGCGGAAAUCUCCUGUGUGAGGUUGAGAAUAUGGUGCCGUCGAAAUCUAAACUUACGGAACACUUCGUGGUCGUCAUACGUGUCGAAGGGGUGUUUUCUGUCACGAAAAAUCCUGUUUCGACGCAAUUGUCGCCGCUGUCUUCCUUGGAACAACAAGAGUGCCGCCGUAUUUAAACGCGUUUAGACCCGCUAUUGGACCCCCAGAGGUGCGAUAACUUUAAAGGCGAAAAUCCGUAUAGGAACGGCUAUACGAAGUGACGUGCAUACCGACAUUUUUGGCGUUUAGGAGUUAAACGCAUUUAGCGGGCUAAACGCGUUUUGCCAAGCAACGUGCAUACGGCCCCUGAUCUGUAACUACAGGAAACGUUUGAUUUGGAGUUAAUCCCUUAUCAAAACCAAAGAUUCACAAAGUUUUUCCACCCUGCAGAGUAAAUAUUUGCAUGUCGUGUUCAAUUAAUCAUGAAUAAAUAUUCAUUUAUGGGGCAGUAUUAGUUUAAGCAGAUUGUGUUUGUGCAGAAAUCCAAGUCAGGGUUCACAUACCUUUUCCAGCAGCUGUACAUAAAAAAGACAUUUACGGAGACCGUUCCAGUCGAUGGUUUGUAAAUGCAUCUUUUGUAGCAAAUCCAGAAAACUGUUUGGACAUUUCCUGUUGGACUUCUCUCAUAAAACCGGAUUAUAAAAAGUGAAAACCACUUAACGCCACAAAAUGUGUGCUGCUUACAAACCAGGUGGUCCACGGUUUCCAAAAAGAGGGUCAAAUUCUACUUUGCCAAACCACUUUGUCUCAGUCCACUUCUCUGCUCCAGGGUUAUGAAAUCCAGGGACAUCCGGAGUGGCGGGUGGGGGGCUGCAUGAUAGCAGACAACAUCUCGGUACUACUUAGUAGCAACGCAUGCCCCCCUAAAAAUGUUGUUCAGGACUGCGCGCAACACACUUACUCGUGCUUCCUACCUACUCGGCUACUGUAAUAACCGUUGUUCUAGUCUAUAUGUAACAUUCUUGUUCUCAUUCAUGAAACGCUUAAAUCAGGGACAUUUCCGGGGACAGCUUUAGCCGGGGACAGGUCAUCCAAUACGGGGACUGUACCCGGACGUCUGGUCUCCUCACUCCAGGGCCCAGAGAAGUGAACUCCAUUUCUGGAUCAUGUUUACACGUAGUUUCCGUGGUGCAGUUUUCACCUGUGUUCGCUUUCAAACCAAUGCGGUGGUUUUCACUACAGAGUCAUGUCUGUUUUUUCCACGUGUGGUUCGUUUAAAAAAUUGCCUCAGGAGCACUCAGCACAAAGGUGUGGGAUCGCUUUACUGUACGGCGACCACAAAAGCCUUUUCUGUCGCUGUGUGUCGGCUAGAGUAGCUGAGCAGAGGUCCUGUUCUGGUUUCUGUUUUCUUUUGUGUACAUGAAAAAAACAAAGGUCAGGUGACGAUGCCUUUUGACAACUUCAUGGUGUAGGGUGUGGACAUAGCUGUCAGUCUUCACAAGGGAGUGGUCUGUAACCCUGUCUGUUGAGGUAUCAGUGUCAGAAUGACAGCAAGACGCACACUGUCACACAUUGUGACUGAUAUUUUACACCCAGGAACUGAACUGAUGCAUCUCUGCACGGACUUGUUAAAGUUUAAUUCACAUAAAAAUAGUUUUAGGAGACCUGAAGAUGCUUAGCAAGAGAGGCAAAAAAACGUUCUUAAUAUAAGUUUGACAAGCAAACUCGCUAAAAGCUGAGUUGAAGUUGCUUUUGGACAUGUUCCGACCUGCAGCAUUGCUUUUUAUUCAUGGGGGAGUGUCUCGGAGUUUGUUUGUUCUGAGCUACAGUAGAAAAACAAACCUGCUGCAGCAACAAUAAAAAGACUCUUUAUAGGAAAACAUGAUAAUAUCCCAUUCAGUAUGAGAUAACGUAAACACAGUUCUGCAGAACGUAUACCAUUUUUGGGGGGCGAAAUGCUGGUAAAUUUUACAGAAUGUACCUUUAAUGAGUCUACCGUGGGGUUUUGGAGUAAUAGGUGUUGCAUGCAUGUAUAUCCUUAAGACUAGUUUUCUUUCUGUUCUAGUUCUUUGUCAGUCAGGAGUUAACGUGUGUUUGAAACAGAACCAAAAACGGAUCAGAGGUUUUUAUUCAAAUCUAGAUUCUGGACGAAGAGACCCGAUUUUACUGACAGAUGCUACAACAAGAGUUUAAAGUUAUUGUCUGAAACAUGAUUAGUCUUUUUAGACAAUCGAUCACAGGAAUAGUAUGGUCCUCAAAGCAGGUGUUGGUAUUUUUUGGCGGUGCAGGCAGGUGCCGAGUCCUCCUGGAAAAUGAAAUCAGCAUCUCCAUAAAGCUGGUCAGCAGAAGGAAGCGGGAAGUGCUCUAAAACUUUAUUGGUAGACGGUUAAGACUUAUAAAACCUUAUAAAACACAGUAAACCGUCACCAGCAGACUUGGACUCUGUGCCUUCGGGCUCUGGGACCCUGAUCUCCAAAAGAAUCAAGUUCAAUCUGUUCAAGUUUCAGGGAUGUUACUUCAUGUCAAUAUUAGUUGAACUUUAACGAUCAAAAGCCGGAUGGAAAACAGACUCUGCUGCCAAAACAAAAGUCUACAAGAUGUCUACAAAACUUAUUGGGUCAGAAAGAGAGCACCCUCCCUGAAGAAACACACCACACGCACUUUCUUCUGAGUCAUGUAACCUCUACUCUGGAGAGUUGUAAGAUAAAAUGCAUGACAAUAUCUGUGACCCAAAACCUGUGAAUACUUUCCAAGGUAAAACCACAAGCAGUCUUGUGAUGUUUGCACAUCUUUUAGAACAAAUGAUCACUCAUGAUAAGGUUACACCCACAGCAAAUUUUUAUUUCAUGCAAACAAGUUUUACCAAAACCAGGGCAGCAAAGACAUUGUGAUCAUCUCUCUAUUGAGAUUAGUAUCUGAUACCACAUCACACAGUCAGGGGAGUCUUUGUCUAACCACUGUGGUAAAAGAGCGAGCUGUGCAGCAAAUGGAGCAGCUGAUUCAUAUUCAGGAAAAUCCUAUAUGAUGGAGUAGAUCGGAUUUAGCAAAUUGAAAAAAAAUGUGUGUGAGGCUAAAAUCUGGAAAAGAUUUCAGAUUCCCUUCUCUUAAAGGAUCUUGUAAAAAUAUCAGAAUCCUUUAAUGCUUUGAAACCUACAUUUAAACAAGACUGUCCAAAGACAGGGUUACAGGUGCCAAACCGGACGAUUGGUCCAAGUUUAAAGUGAAUUUUUCCAACAAUGAAAAAAAAAUAUCAACAGUUUCAGGAACUUUGUUGUCUAUGUCCUUGUUUUCUUGAACUUAAAUGUUUGGUUGGUGUCGUGUUUUUAGACGCAAUGACUUCUCAAAAAGCGAAGACGGUGCUGACACUGAACGCUGAGGCGGUUGACUCACUUAAAGACGGGAUCAACUUCAAGAAAAGCCCGGAGGAUGGGAAGUGUUACAUCAUAUACAAGAACAGCGACGGCUUGAGAGCGUGCAAGAACCAGUGCAAACACCAAGGAGGGGUGUUCAUCAAAGACAUCGAAGACCUGGACGGCAGGUGAGACGUCUAUGGAGAAGUCUAAAUUGGACAAAUCAAGAUUGGUGUUAAUUAACCAGGAAGUUAUAAUGCAGACUGACUGCUAACCUGUGGGGUUGAUCCAAAGGUUGGCGGUCCAACAUACUUUGAAAACAGCUUCUUGCCUGAAAGCUUGCCAAAGUGCUUUUCAUUCUCUAAUUACAGGACUGUUAAAUGCACCAAACAUAACUGGAAACUGAAUGUGUCCUCCAUGAAGUACGUGAAUCCACCAGACAGCUUCCUGCAGGACGAGCUUGGUGAGUUCUGCCACUUUCUUUGUCAAAUAUCAGCUUGUAGGAUUAAAGAUUAGAAGACAGCCUGGAGGCGCAUUCAAAUGACCAUCCAAAGAGCAAAUGAAGAAGGAACAAAUAAUCAGCCUCCAUGGAAGUAAGGGUUGUUGCCAGUUUGUUCCGCCCCGUUAGACUCUAUUACGGAAAAUCUAUCAUGGGAAAAUGUAUUUUGCUUAUUUUGCAAGAGAUGUUGCAAAACAAUCAUUUGGAGAGCAAACAUGCAAAAUACUGGAGGAACUCCAAACUUCGAAAAGCAGGUUACAGCGUGACAGAGGCAGCACAGCUUUAUCAUGAGAUUUAAUGUAGAAAGAAUAAGGGUAUAAAAUACUUCAGAUUCCUGUUAUUUUUAAUUAUUGACACUCAGAGUCGGACUCGUUGAUUUCAGUUGAUGCUAAGACGAGAACUUCCUCCUUCUUGACCUUAAAUAUGGAAAUAAAGUUAUCAUAAUAACCUCUAAUCUGGAUUUGCAGACCUGCAGACCUUAUGAUCUGAAAUGUGUAUUCUUUCACACAGAGGUGGAGAUUUUGGAGGACGGGGGUCUUCAGCUGGUUGAGUUGAGCCCCGUUGACCCCUGGCUGGCCGAUCCUCGAGAACCUCAAGAACUCCAGGAAGGAGAAGUUAAAGUACGUAUCCUGCAGCUACGCAAACAUUAUAAAACUUUUAAAACUAUGCCAGUGCCCCCCGGCAGUCUGAAUCUAAAGCAGCACAACUCAGAACUGGUCCAGGCCUGAACCAGCUCUAACUAUAAACUUUGUCCAAAAAGCAAAUGGUCAAGGGGGGAGAGUUGAACCAGGGACCGCCAUUCACCACCAUUCCAGGGACCACCACCUUCACUGGCUCCUUGUAAUUUGAAUUCUUAUUUUGACGCACAGGUGACCUACUUGACCCACGCCUGCAUGGAGCUACAGCUGGGCCAGAAGCGGUUCAUGUUCGACCCCUGGUUGAAGGGUCCAGCGUUCGCUCGAGGCUGGUGGCUUCUCCAUGAGCCUCCGGCAGACUCCAUGGACAGGCUGUGUGCAGCAGAUCUCAUCUACAUCAGUCACAUGCACUCUGAUCACCUCAGGUAAACGCUGUCUAUUUAACCUCCUCUAAAACUCAAAUUUCCUGUUUCUUCUACAAAACAAACAUCUAAAUGAAAGACGGAGUCCACACAGUAGGAAUUACUGUGGUAAGACUGCAGGCUGAAGUGUAGGAGUGGGAUUACCAUGUUAGUCAUUCUCAGCAUAUUAUGUUGGUACUGGAGCAGAUCGAUCUCAAGCUGCAACUGAUUACUUAUUGUUGCAAUGAGGAGAUGUCAAAGGAGAUCAGAUGUGCAGCUGAAUCAGUGUCGGCACAAGAAGCAGAAAUUGCAGUGGUUUUUUAAUGCAUCAUUCCCAUCUGGGAACUGCACCAGAAAAUGUCGCAUCCCUUCACUCUUCCCUCAGUAAGAACGCCAUCAGCAGAAACUCAAAGCCACAUUUGGAGAAAAGAAAGUCAUCAGAAGUGCCUGCAGACUGGAACAGGAAUGAGCCUAGGUGCAUUCCUCUACAAGUGACAGAUGUAGCUACCGUUGGGUACUGAGAACGUCCAGUUUCUGAAUCAUUAUUUUCGGUUCCGAGUGCCCACACUAGUUUGUUUAGGGGAAAGAAGAGGACGGCGUAGCACAGUGCCAACUCUGCAAAAUAAACUAUUUCUGCCAAAGGAGGAUGCAUGACCAACACGAUCAAACAGCUCCGGAUUUAUGGAGUACAAAUAAGGGAGUGCCCCGUCUUUGAUGCGGUGUGCCGGUCUUCCUCUCAUCCGUCAGAAUGUCAAACAACAAAUGACGUCUGUCCUCUACUAACAUUGAAGCGGUAAACAAAUUGUAGUGUUAACGAUGGGUCGACUCAAAUAUCCAACUAACGUUAGCACAUGUUCUUUUUCAUAGACAAACAACCUGACGACAAAGAUUGAUAUUUGUAUAUUGGCUAAAAAACAGCCCUGGGUGAAAUCUAAAGUAAAGUUCAUAAAAAGUUCAUAUCAUUUAAAAAUUAACGGAAAGUUCAGACUGGUUAGCUCCCUCAUUUAAAACGUGCAUUUUCUCCGCCUGCCUUUUAAAAGAAUCAAAACAGAGAAUCGUUAGGAACCAGAUGACAGACCUGAACUCUCUUUGGGAGAAGCGUGUGGUCAAGAAAGCCAGAGGAAUUUUGGAUCAGCCUGGACAUAUUCUGUUCUCUGACUUUCUUUUUAUGCCUUCUGGGCGGCGCUACUAUGCACCCCCAAGGAAAACGAACAGAUACUCAAACUCUUUUAUCCCUUCAGCCAUCAGGCUUUUAAAUGCCGGACAGUAGGCUGAUGGUCAUAUGUGGCCUGUGCUGAACUGGAGCUUCAGGAGUGUUUUAUUUGUUUUAUUUCUUAUCUUGUGUCUCAUACUGUAAAUUUCAUUGUAUUUUGACCUUUGCUCUGUGGAACUUGACUGCUUUUGUACUUACUUAGCUAUUUAUCGCUGAUCCUGCUGAUCUGUGCGUACUGACAAGGGAAUGUGGUUGUCUACUGGCUGCUAUUAAUGUCCUGCACUUGUCUGGUUUGUUUGUCUGCUGAUUUGUGAGUUUGGACGGAUCAAACGGCAGGGUAACUGUGAAUGAAAUUGCCCUUAUGGGAUAAAUAAAGUUGUCUGAAUCUGAAUCUGAAUCAGAAUCGAAACAAGGAAACUGCAUCGGAAUCGUUCAAGUUCAAACAAUGCCCAACCCUGGAUGUAGCCCAAGACAUCAUGUUUCAUCAUGUCCAUGUGCUCGUCUCAUUACUGUGGAUGUCUAGUUUGGCAGAGACACUGAAAAUAUGAUCCUAAAGUCAUGCAGCCAUCUUGGUAAAAUAAUACAGCCACUCAAAUCUUCCUAAUCUAGAGCUUUUAACUAAAGCGACAGCCAAAACUUUGCACAUUUUGAAUGUUAUUGUGAUUUUUAUAUGUAUGUCUGAACUGUUUCAGCUACCCCACUCUGAGGGACUUAGCAGAAAGGAGGCCAGAUGUCCCCAUUUACGUCGGUGAUACAUCGAGACCUGUCUUUUGGUCAGUCAAGAGAUAACUCUGCAGAGUUGAAUCCAAUUAAAAACCUUUAUAAGUGUUUUAAUUAAGCAGUACUUAAUACCCCACAUGUGCCGCUUCUCUGUCUUGACGCAAAAGGUAUUUGGAGCAAAGCAAAGUGAAGCUGACCAACAUCAACGUCGUUCCUUUUGGUGUCUGGCAAAAUGUGAGUCAACACUGCUGCUCCUUUGGGGACACCAUAAAUUAAAUAAGCUGUCAUGCAACUCUGCAAUGCAUGCACUUAAAAACCAACAUCCUAACUUGUCCUUUGGUGUCCGACAGAUUGACGAGCAUCUGAGAUUUAUGAUCCUGAUGGAUGGUGUGCAUCCCGAAAUGGACACCUGCAUCAUUGUCGAAUAUAAAGGUGAACUCUUUAUAAUGGUUUUUAAAAUAAUGUGUUCAAAUAGAGUGUGAAGCGAAGUUACCCCGACCACCAGGUGGCGAUAUUGUAGUCUAUGUGGAAUCCCUUUAUCAACUCUGAGUUCAACUCUAUUCUGAUCCUAGGUCAUAUGAUCCUGAACACUGUGGACUGCACCAGGCCAAACGGGGGCAGGCUACCAGAGAAAGUGGAUUUAAUGAUGAGUGACUUUGCAGGGGGCGCAUCUGGAUUCCCCAUGACCUUCUGUGGAGGGAAAUACAGCGGUGGGUUCUACUCAGAUCUUUAUUCUCACUGCUUAUGUUACCGUAAUAAUCGUAAUUCCACGACGCCAGACUUUGGUGUUGAAUCCGUUUCUUUAAUUUACUGUUUUCAGAUUCCUGGAAGGCAGAUUUCAUUAAGAAUGAAAGGAAGAAGCUGCUGAACUACAAAGCUACGCUAGUACGGAGCCUGCAGCCCAAGAUCUACUGCCCGUUUGCCGGCUACUUUGUGGAGGCUCAUCCAUCGGACAGGUGGGGUUCAUAGAGGGCAGCUGGGCAGGAUUUGUGUCAUAACAGUGGAUGAUGAAAACGACCCCAACAUUGAAAAAGCCAGGCCUUUAAAAUGUUGAUAAAUGCUGCAACUCCAUACCAACACAGACGCCAGCCUGGGUUUUUGAACCAAACUGGUCUAGUUAUAAACGGUUUACUCAUAUUAGCGUCAGGAAACCAUGACAACACCCAUGUAAUUUUACAAUUAACAGUUGUAUUUCCUACAUGGACUCCUCCCCCUGGUUUAUUAAUAAACCCUCCUGGCUGGCUCACUACUUAUAUAGUAGAACCCAUAGAUGCAGAGGUGCAAAGAUAAACCACACGAAGACAGAAUCAAGCUGGCAGCCUCUCGCGGGAUUUUAUUUCAGUUACAGCAUCAAACACAACUCAUGACAACAGAUGGACAGUAGAAGCCCCAACAAUCCUCAGAAUCCCUAGUGCUGUUCCGUCAUUGCCUUCUUAUACUACCCCAAUGGCGUCAUUAGUACUAUUCCCGUAAGCGGCCUUCAUGUCUGUUAUUUGCUCCCUCAUAUUACAUCCUGUAGAACAAUCUGGACUCUCCCUGGCUGUAUCCUGUUUCGUAAUAACUUUGCUCAAAAACAUGUCUAUUAUUUGCUCCCUCAAAUUACAUCCUGUAGUUGAUGAGAUUCUUAUCACACAAUCUCUCACAUUCAAAAGCCAAGGAAACCACCUUUUAUCAACGCUGUUACACAACUCUAAAACUCUUUUGGAUCACAGGAGUUGACGUUUGGCUCUGUCUCAGAUUUUGCUUUCUUUUGCUUUUGUCUCUGUGUGUUUGUGCGAACAGAUACAUCAAAGAAACAAACCACAAAAACAGCGCAGAGGACCUGAACGCACUCAUCAAUAAAUUUGCACCAGAAAUAAAGACGUGGACACCAAAGCCAGGCGCUGUGCUGGAUCUGGGCCUCGCUCUGAAAGACCCCAACAACAGGUCAACAUUAACUCAAAGUUACCAGUCAGCGUGCGUGCGUGUGUAUUUAAUCCUACUGAUAACCACAACAAGGAAAGACAUAAAUCAUUAUAUGCAUUACUAUUAAAUGACAACACAAGCACAGGUACAGUAUGUUAAGUCUUAUGUUAAGAGCCAUUGUGUAAAUAUGGCACAUGAUGACUGUUGGUGUAUCUCUGAUUGUAAUAACCGGCUGAAAAGACAACCAGUAAGUUUAAAGUCUGUGCAAAAAUGACAUUGUCCUCCUAUGCACGCUCAAAGGACCCAUAUCCAAACUGCUCCAAGCCCUUUGUAAACAUAAUGCAUUUUAAAGGGACAGAAUAGAGAUGACCUGCAAUCAAACCUGAACUGUAACCUCAACUCAUGUUCCCUCACUGCUCUGCCAAACAUAGCGAGGCUAUCACCGAUUCCCCAGCCGGUGCGAAAAUCUACAAGGACAGCUGGGAGUUCGGCUUGUACGUGGAUGAGCUGAACAGCGCCAUCAGCAGUGAGAUAUUUAAACACCGAAGCUGGAUCCAGUUUUAUUACACCUGGGCAGGCUUUCAAAACUACAACCUUGUUGUGCGGGUAAAUCAGUUUAUCAAGCAAGAGAGUCUCACUUCAUCUUUGAUGGGCGUUUGGGUUUUUCUUUUCUUCUUGGCAGUACUGAAUAUUUCUAACCCCCUCCCCUCUCAAAUGGUCCUGUGUACUACCUUGAGUUUCUCUAGACUUCUUUCUUCUUUGGGGGAGAGUCUUGGCUGUAACUCGGGUUCAGCCCAAGCCUUUGGCUUUCACUGUAUAUAAUUUCCUUCCUUUUCCCGCUCUUCUUCUCUCACCUUCUAACCAUCUGCUGUAGGGCGGUAAGAAAAUAUCUAAAAUGUCUCAUCUUACACAACAGGAGAGACUUUUAAAAAACUGCUGACGAUGUGCCACUAAACCGUUGACCUCCUUUGAAACAAGUCGAGGUUGCAGAUAUGUUGCCGUUGAUGACAAAGAUGGCUGCUUGGUGCAGAAGUCGAGAUCCAGUCAAGUUUUUGUCUUUUCUUUCACCAUCAGUGGUGCUGAACCCAAAGUAAAUCCAUGAGGGACUUCUCAGAUGUUGAUCAAAAAGACUCUGAUCACACACAACCUCAAAUUUUAUAGAAAACAUGACUGUAAUUUAAGUCAAGAGUGCAUUUAACAGUGAGGUAACGAUGACGGCAGUCUGUGCUGGAUCACAGGGCAAACUACUGCAGACGACCUGGUGCACAUUUAGACUUUUAUUUUCAGUCUGAACAGCUCAUUGCACUUCCAAGGGGGACUUUUGCCUCAUCAUCAUCAUGCAGAUCAGAGUUAUGGACCUUCUCGAAUAGAUUUUACUGAGGCAUCAGAAACUAAAGAAGUCAGAAAAGGUUGAGCUCAGCCUGAAUGUCUCAGGGUUAGUCUUUGAAAUAGAUCAGAAGCUGCUUUUGCUAUCCUCUUUUUUUCCUGGGUAUGGCACUCGCGAUGUGAAAUCUACGUGAUGUGUGACAUCUGAUCUGUUUAUUCAAGGUGAUUGAGACCGAUGACAACUUUCAACCCCUCGCUAGUGGCUACGACUACCUGGUGGACUUCAUGGAUCUGUCGUACCCAAAUAAGAGGCCUGAAAGAGAGCACUCCUACCUGGAGGUGAGACGUGCAAAAAAGACCUAACGGCAUCAAAAAACAGACGGAAACGUUCGAUCUUUAAGAAACAGUGCAGCACGCUAGACGUUUCUUUGCUUUUCUGCAGGUUAAAAACAGAAUUGGAGUGAUGAGGUCUGUGGUGCUGCACGGCUGUCUCUGGGACGACCUCUACAUCGGCUUCCAGAACCGCAUAAGUCGAGACCCUGAUGUCUACCACCACAAGUACUUUUUUAAAUUUUUUUAAAUCAAAUGUUAAACACAAACGAUAGUGACUUUAUUUCGCCUGCGGAAAUUAUCCAGAGAGCCACCGAGGUGAACUAUAGCCAGAUUUACAGAUGAUGCAUCUGCUGUUCCUUCUUGUUUCCCAGCAUAAAAGAAAACAGUUCAUCAAAUUCACACUUCUUUGUUUAUUUUUGGGUGGAAUUCUUGGGUGGAAACCCAGGUGCAAAUAAAAGACAAAGGCGAAAUCAAACCAUGGCAACGACGACUGUGUGCUUCUCCAGCUACAGACACACCUGCCACUACUUGAAUCUUCUCCUACUUAUAGUGAACAAACCUAGAAACUCAAACACGAACGGAAACAUCACAUUCAGCACCCUUCAGGUUCAGGGUCACCUGGAACCCGGUUUGAGCUUUUGGCUCAAAUUAGAUCAUUAACCACAUUAAUUAUUUAACCUUUAUCGGUAAGAUUAACAUUACACAUGCAAAUUGCAAUUAAGUACUGACUUGAUUAACAUAGGACUCAUAUUCAGGCUUCGUGAUUUGUCAUUUAAAUCUGGAUAUGACCCAGAUCAGGAAGUACAGCUCAGGUUUGUCACAGUUAUUCAAAGAAAGACCGGAUCAUAUCAGCAUGAUCCAGAGUUAUCCUUUUAAGAAUUACAAUCAGGACUAUCAGUGCUCCUAGUGUGGCUGCAGUACCUAUUUUAUCCACAGUGGGGCACUACAUAAACUUGAAGACCCUUACAGCUGCCUGAAAGUUAGAGUUUCUCUGAUACUGAUAAAAUACUACAGCUUUUUGAUGAAACAUAGAAGGAAGUUAAUGAAGUUUAUACUCAGAAAGUUUGAGAUACUGAGACGGUUUUCAACUUCGCAAAAAACGUUUUAGAAGUUCUUGGGAUAAAGUUUGGAGUUUGGGUCUGAAAGAGGGACACGAUUGACCGGAAAAGCAGGAACCCUCCUCUGUCACACACAUACAUCCUCAAGAACAGUUUCAUUAUUUGAUGUAUUUUGAUAUUUUUUUAUCAUAUUUAGUCAAUCUAAGGCAAAUAUUUAAAUGUGCAACAGGCCUUAGGUACACAAGUCUACAAACGUCUGCAUAUCUGAGUAACUCCUUUACAUUAAAAGCAGAAAAACUGAUCGAUUAAGAUUUUAUGAACUUGAAUUAAGAGCGUAAUUGUUUUUUCUAACACAACCAGAGUUCAUCUAAGAACUUUUUUGGUGUUAUACGAGGAGCUAGUUUCUGAACAACUCGACUCAGAGAGAAACAGAAAGAGACUACUGUGCUGCCUUAAAGGCGAAGGGAAACAGUUGAAAAUGUUAUAUCAGUUAUUAGUUUUAAAGGUUUAGAAGUUUAGUGCUUUGUUUUUUCGUCAGAGUGAGCGUUCGGUUUAUUUAUCGUUGUGUGGAGCUUUGUAGGUCCCCUCCGUGUUUGCGAGCUUCAUAUGCAGUAGUUGAUAACACACAGAUACUCACAAAUAGAUACUCUGAAAUGAAGAGUUUGUUCCCACCAUGGUCCGCGACACCUUUGGUAAAGAUUUUUCAAAGACAACACUUUGCUUUUGUCCUGAUAUUUCGCUGUCCUGUCUCUCCACAGGUUCUGGAACCACUUCCAGACAGAGUUACCACAACACAGGCCAGACUGGGACCAGUUCCUGCAGCAGGUUCCUGCAGUGGAGGAGACGCAGAGUUCCUGUGCACUGUCAUGA